GGAGAUGAGCCGUCCUUGCCCGCUAGGCCUUGGUCUGCACGUGGACGCGCCUAUCGGGGAUAAGAAGUGCAAUCACGACAAGAAUUUACGCGCGAGUGGGCCGAUUUUCUACAAACAAGAUCCCUGGGAAGCAUUUCAAACCGCGUUUCGAGAUGGAGUGUUGGCUCACUUGACAGCUGACAUUAUGUUGCGGUGUUGAAAUUAUAGUGGCAAUGUGUUGUCAUGAACAUGAUGAUUUCGUGGAACAGAAACAGUUCCUUUAAAAGCAAUUGUGAAACUUCUAACACAUUCCGGACACUUGUCAAGCAGAAAAAAAUGCUCUGAGCUAUGUAGCAGCCAUGCAAAGCUAUAGCACUAAGCUACUUUAGAGCGGAACAAUACUAGAUUUCAUCUGUAUGCGAAUAUGCUGUACCAAGAAGUUGUGCUCGUUGUAUUGUGCUAACUAAAGCGGGAAAAUUCGAGAUCCG